AUCUGGAAUUCUGAGGUUUAUUAAACAGCGUUGCCCUAAUACGGUUGUGUGUAAUCAUCAUUCAUCAAGUAACAGCAGUUAGUGGCAGUGUCUGAGUGUGUAACUACGUCAGUAAAUGGUCGAAACGUUUCUCCUUUACUUGUUUAUUUGUAAUUAAAGUGGCUGAAGCUUCUACAAAGAUGACUAUGGGAGAAGAAAGUGUAUUGUCUUCCCUAGUACUUCCCAUCUUGGUGGGGCCAUCACUCAUAAACUUGGAGAAACAAGACCCAGGUGCUGCCCAACUACUGAAAGCUGCCUUCAGCAAUGCAGAAUCUGCCCAUCCAAGUCUCUGCUACAGUUUUAUUUUGGGAUUGAUGAAAAAAGCAGAAUUGUCACAGAAAGUCAAUAUGAACGAAAGCCUUUUAAGAGUUCAAGGUGCUGCCUUGGACCAAGAAUCACCUGAUUACAGAAUUAAUCGUUCUGAGGAUGCCUUUCAGGAACUAUGCAGAAAGUCUGUUGGUCUGAAGAAGAUUCUCAGCCGGAUUCCUGAUGAAAUUGGAGACCGCAAAGCCUUUUUGGAGACUAUUAAAGAAAUUGCAAGUGCCAUAAAGAAACUGCUAGAUGCAGUUAAUGAAGUGGCUGGCUACAUAGCAUUUGGCUCUGGCAAACAGCGCCUAGAGCAGCGCAAGAGAGAAUUCGUCAAGUAUUCUAAACGUUUCAGCACGACGUUGAAAGAAUAUUUUCGCGACGGACAAGCAAACGCCGUCUUCCUGAGUGCCCUCUACUUGAUACAGCAAUCCAAUUUGAUUAUUACAACUGUUAAAGGUUGUUGUGAAUAAUUUGUGUUAAAAUCUUAAAGCUGCGGUGAAGGUCGAUGCUCGGAGACGACGCAAUUCGGAAGCGGUUUAAGUGGUGCUUCACAUAGUCGUGAAUAUUUAUAUUUCAAAAAUAAAACCACACCUUAAUCCGUUCUUUCAUCGUUUUACACCGUCCAUUUUCAAAUCAGGUGUAGUCCCUUUUCCUUCUUUACGGGGAUUGGAUUUUUGUUUUAAAUAGUUUGUUUUGAACUUCAUCCCCCUUUUUGUUAUCUUAUCCAUUCGUCAACUCCUCGUUGCUGGCCGCCUCGUAGACCGCUCCCAAAAUGAUGAAAUCCGUUGCAUGUUUUCCUAGCCCGACCUAACAUUCCAGAGAAUAAACAUUGUUGAAAUUUCUAUAAGCAGUAAUUAUAAAGCCUGUUUAAUAUGCGGUGGUUUCGUGUUACAUAUAUGGUUUUUAAGUAUAGAAUACACAGUAUAUCUUCGCAGUCUGAA